UGUAAGUUUUUUUUUUGUUUGUUCCCUUGGAUUAUCAUGUUUAUAUACGCAAAAAUUUGCUCCGAUACAAGGCAUAAGUCAUUAAGACAUCAAGUCAAACCCCUCAUCCAGUUUUGUUCAUUCUCACACAAAAUAGGACAAAGAAAGAGUAUUUUAUCGUCAUCGGCGGGUUUCUCUUUAUUCUGCUCAACCUCAAAUUGUACAUUUUUUUUUUCAAGAAAACAAGCACUUUUUUUUUUUAUCCAAGAACGAUCAAUUCACAGUUUCGAAUGAUUAAAAAGCAAUGUUUAAGCAAGCAAUUUUAAGUCUUUUGUUGCUGCUGUUAAUAGAGAAUCACUUGUAUUGUAUCAAUGGGUUAACAUUGACGAGUUAUUAUUGGCAAGAAAAGUGAGUCAUGAUAUGUACAAGGAAAAAAAAAGGUCAUUUUUUUCUAUAUUUUUACCUUUCUUCUUAUGCUUCAUAAAAACCAACAGAACAAGUCAAGUUCGUUAACGAUCGUGAUCAAGAUUGGCACUUCUUCUAUCUGUAAUGAAGUGACUCACUUUCCUUUAUUGUCUAACCUUUCUGCCUUGGUUGAAAGUGUCCUGAGUUUACGAACUCAAGGUCAUCGCGUGGUGCUUGUCACUAGUGCUGCUGUAGGCACAGGUCUGCGUCGACUGAACAUGUCUGAAAAGCCUUCCAAAUUAUCUGCUCGACAGGCUGUGGCAGCAGUAGGUCAAGGUCGAUUGAUGGCCUUGUACGACGACUUGUUUGGUCAAUUCCAUCAACCUGUUGCACAAAUCCUGCUUACCAAAAACGAUCUUGCUGAUCGUUCUCAAUACCUCAAUGCAGUCAACUGUCUAGAAGAACUGUUAGAUAUGGGCGUUGUGCCUAUUGUGAAUGAAAACGAUACCAUUUCAACGCAAGGUAUCCGUUUUGGUGACAAUGAUACACUUUCUGCUAUCAUGGCAGGUAUGAUUAAGGCAGACUAUUUGUUUCUUUUGACCGAUGUCGAUUGCCUCUAUACCGAUAAUCCUCGUACCAAUCCUGAUGCUCAACCUGUGACUGUAUGUGAAGACAUGGUUCAGUUGCGCGAACAAGUCUCUGUGGCUAGUAUGGGGUCUUCUUUAGGCACAGGUGGUAUGGCUACUAAGCUGAUUGCUGCUGAACUAGCUACCGCUGCUGGUGUGACAACCAUCAUCACACAUGGAUCAAAAACAAGCAACAUUAGCAAGAUCCUUCAGGCAGAUCAAACUCAAGCAGAACAGCCAUUGCAUACACGAUUUAUUGCCAAGAACAACCCUUUGUUGGAUCGUAAAUGGUGGAUUCAAUAUGGUCUACAUACAGCAGGCACAGUCUAUGUGGAUGAAGGUGCUGCUAAUGGUAUCUUGGGACCUCGUACCAAAGGCAGUCUUUUUUCUGCUGGUAUUGUCCAAGUUGAGGGACAAUUUGUAGCUCAUCAGGCAGUGAAUAUUGCACUAGACAAAGGCAAAGUGAUUGGCAAGGGCAUCGUGAAUUACUCAAGCAUUGAAAUUAACCGUAUCAAACGCUGUCGAAGUACUGAAAUUGCCAGCAUAUUAGGCUAUGUGGAUGCUGAAUGCGUCAUUCAUCGAGACAAUCUUGUCAGAUUUAAUUAA